CUACAUUUUUCAGUCAAGUCUUUUUCUAGGGGGUAGUUUAUCCAAGCCAGUUAGCUGCAAAAGCAUCUUUUACAAAGGGUAGGGGAAGAAAUAAAAAAAGGCAUCAUCCAUUGCAUUGCUUAUCCGGAUGGGCUGCCCGUCCGUACCAAUGCUUCUUCUUGUUCAUUGAAGUCCAGAAGACAAACUACAAAAUCUGUUUGCCGAUUAUUUUCAAGUCCUCUGGUAUCAAUCAAAAUGUCAUCGUUGAGAGAUGUUGUUAUGGAGAACUAUUUUCAGUUUGGUUUAGAUGAUCUGGAGUCAAUAAGCCGUGAGUUUCCUGUUUGGGAAGCAUACCACAUUCUGGGAAUGAAGCGGCAGUUGGGACUAAUGAGGAGGUUUCAUCUGUUCAGAAAUAUGUGGCGAAAAGAUGUUUGCGGCGAGUCCGCUUUGUGUACAAUGGAGGAGACUCUCGUCAAACGUUCUGUAGAUAUUCAGUUUCUCUAUCUCACAUUGAGGGAAGAUUACAACAAUGAUCCCGUGACAUUUGAUGAGAAAUGGGACAGCCUCAGCGGGAACAUUGGUAUGUUUCUUCAUGAGGCCGGGGAAUCAUUUAUGAUAGAAAUGAUUGAACCUUACGAGAUUCUAUCAGAUAUUCUCUUGUUGGAGACUAGUUCUCAUUCUCCUUUGGAAAUGGAGGAACUUCUGGAUCUCCACCAUUCCCUUCUUCACGUGUUGCCCGAAUUUCUGAUUGAAGAUCAUAUUGGACGUUUCCUUCUUCCUGUCGACGCGGAAAAAGCAAUAGGAUUCUUGAUGAAUCUCAUUCUCUUUGCGGCAUUUCAAGGACUUGAGCUCAGGCAAAUGCGACAUCUGUUGAUCCACGUUCAAGGCUCAGUUCUCUAUCUUUUGUGCACCAUUGUUCAGCCCGAGAUUACACACGAAAGAAGGUUUCAUGUCAACGAAUUUAUGAGAAGAAUUGAGCCUUUGGAAUCCCAUGUGUGCGGGAUUUAUCUUGGAGUCCUGCAGGAAGCUUUAGAAUUAUCACAGUCACGGUUGACAUCUAUCAAUCCCACUCCUCUACCAGAAAGUCAUACAUAUAUGUUGGUAGAUUUUGUUGAUUCUCUCAUCUUCCUUCUCUUUAAGCUGUUAUUCCAUGGUUCAACUCACUGGUUUAUAUUUGACCAUCAAAUUCGUAAACUAUAUGAGGGAUUGAAACUCUUGAAAACCACUCUCAGAGAGCAUCAUCAGACAAUGCAUCAUGUCAUUGGACCUCUUAUUUGUGAGGCAGGGAUUAUUAUUUUCUAUCUCUUUCUAGGAAAAGAAGUGGAGGUUGGUUUGAUUGAAAACUUAAAGCCUCUUUUUUCUGACAUUGAUGAGAAAUUUAAGUUUAUUAUCAACGCCGCCCCAGAAGAGACGCUGAGACAUUAUUCCCUUGCAUCAUUUUGCUUUCCUCACACCAACUUGCCCGGCUUUAUUGAUUCCGUCUUGGGAAAAAUGAAGUCUACCAAUCCACUUGAGGUGGCGGAUUCGGCAAGUGCUUCAGAAACUGAUAAGUACCGAGCUCUCCACGAUGAUCUUGCAUUUUUGAGAUCUUUUCUAAUUAGUGUUUCGUGGAAGCAUGAUCAAAAUGAGAGGCUCAAAGCACUCUUGGAUCGUAUUGCUACGGUGGCCUAUGAGAUAGAGUUUGUUUUAGAUUCUCUAUUAGUUGAAGGUGAUCUUCAGAGCUUCGACGUGAUGCUUAAUAUUAUUAUAGAGGAGAUCAAACUUAUUAAGCUUGAGUCCUGGGAAAGUUCUCACCGCAAACGAAAGAUCAUUGAAGUCCAGGACAUUACUAAAACUCACAGUAAGGUGCCAAUGAUACGUAAGCUCCUAGAAUUCAAUGAGCUUGUGGUGGGAAUGGAUGAUGAGGCGCAAAAGAUUAUUGAUCAACUCACAAGAGGAACAAGACAGUUGGACAUUGUUUCUAUAGUGGGUAUGGCCGGGUUAGGGAAAACAACUCUGGCCAAGAGAGUUUAUCGCCAUGUCUCCAUCGUUCAUCACUUUUAUGUUCGUUCAUGGUGCACAAUUUCUCAAGCAUACAGCAAGUCAAGUUUGUUACUUGAGAUUUUGAAAGGUCUUGAUGGGCAGUCUACUGACAAGUAUUCAGAAUUGAAUGAACAUGAUCUGGCUCGUAAGUUGUACCAAAGCUUGAAGGGAAAAAGUUAUCUUAUUAUCUUGGAUGAUGUUUGGGAUGUCAAAGCAUGGAGUGAGUUGCAGCAUUCAUUCCCUGAUGAUAACAAGGGAAGUAGGAUUCUCCUUACCAGUCGUCAUGAGAACGUAGCUUUAGGUAUCAAACCACACAGUCAACCUCACUGUCUGCGUUCCCUCACUGAGGAUGAGAGUUGGGAACUCUUUCAGAUGAAGAUAUGCGUCACGCAAGGCUGUCCUUCAGAACUUCUUGCACGAGGGAAGUCAAUAGCAAAACGUUGCAAAGGAUUGCCAAUGAUGAUUUUAGUUAUUGCUGGAAGUCUAUCAACUAUGGAGCCAAGUACAUGGGAAGAAGUCGAGGAGAGUCUGAACAAAGGUAUAGAUCAAUGCAAGGAUAUUAUAGAGUUGAGUUAUCGCCAUUUGCCUGAUCACUUGAAACCCUGCUUCCUUUACUUUGCAGCAUAUCCGGAAGACCAAAAAUUACUUGUUCGGGAGAUUUUAUGGUUGUGGAUUGCAGAAGGCUUUGUGGAGAAAACUAAAAGUGAGUGCAUAGAGGAUGUUGCAGAAGGUUACAUGAUGGAGUUGAUUCAAAGAAAUUUAGUUAUGGUUGCAGGGAAAAAUUCCGGAGGUAGGCUGAAAUUUUGCAUCCUUCAUGACCUAUUACAUGAGUUCGGCUGGAGAAAACGCAAUGAAGAACAAUUUAUGCAUCACUUGAAUGGUCACGAGCUUUGUAUUCCCGCUAAGCCAAACAUGUCUUAUCGAUUGUGUGUUUACUCAAGACUAGGAGAGGAUAUUGUGGAGUCGAGGUUGCAUUGUUUUCGUCUACGCACUUUGUUCAUAGAGUCUGAUUUCAACAAGAAUGCACCUGAAGAAUCUUGGCAUGGUAUCCUGUACAAGUUUUGCCAGUCCAGACUUUUAAGAAUUCUGAACUUAACGUCAAUCUGCAAGUUCAGUAACUUUCCAGGUGUAAUUCUACUUCUUGGUGGCUUGAGUUACUUGGCCUUGUCAGGUAAAGGUCAAUGGGAGAUCCCGUCAACAAUUGAGCAUCUUGCAAGUUUGGAAACAUUUAUUGUGGAAGGAGAUGUAACACUUUUGCUGCCAAACACUCUCUGGAAUUUGAAAAUGCUACGACAUUUGUAUACCUCACCAUGGUUACAGCAAGCACAGUAUGGGUGGAAACUACCGAUGGAGAAUCCUAAACAUCUUUCCUCUUUAGAGAAUUUACAAAUUCUCUCCAAGGUAACAUUUUCUUGUUACCAAACAUUGAAGGAAGUAAUCAUAUUGUGUCCCAAUAUCCGCAAACUUAAAGGCCACCUCUCUAAUACCAAAAAUACCGAUGAUUUCAAGAUUGCUGAGGACUUGAAGAUCAUAGCACUAGAUUUUUUGCGUGAACUUGAAUCACUCUGGCUCUCUGCUAUGGAAUGUGAGCGUUUUCACUUUCAGUUUCCCCAAAAUUUAAAGAAGUUAACUCUAUCAUUCUUUUGCCUUCCAUGGAGCCAAAUUGCAACAAUUAGUAGGCUACCGAACCUGGAGGUUCUCAAGUUAAUAAGGCGGGCAUUCAAAGGGGAAGAUUGGGAGAUGGAAGAAGAGGAAGGGACAUUCCCCAAACUCAGAUAUCUUAAAUUGGGAAAGCUAGACUUAGCGAGGUGGACAGGUUCGGAUGACUGUUUUCCGUGUCUUGAGAAAUUAGUAUUGGAAGAAUGCAACAAGUUGGUGGAGUUACCUUUCUCUUGUUUAGCCAAUAGUUUCACGCUUCAAAUCAUUGAAGUAACUCUCUGUAAACAUGUAGUUGAUUCGAUAAAGCAAAUUCAGGAAACGCAAAUGGACUCGGGAAAUGUUGAUCUGAAGAUCCUUACAAGAUCUUCAUUCUGGGAGCCAUUUUCAGAAAUGAGUAAGUCUAGACGUAUUCUCUCUCUUUCUUUCAUUUUUCCGAAUAAAAACCUACUUUCAUUCACGUAUCAAUUAGCCUGCAUUUCCGAAUUCAGUAAUACUCCUUACAAGAUCUACAGGAGUAUGAUUUAUCAUCACCUGUAGAGAUUUAUGAGAUCCAUUUGACAGAAUGAUAUCAAUACUAUCUUAAUGUCUAUGAUGAUUUACGACAAAAGAUCAAGGUUUUGACUGCCUAUGGCGAUUCAUUCAAAGGCGGGUUAGGUUUUAGUUACGUGUUAAGAGUUUAGAUAAUAUUUAGAUAGAUAUGUGUCAAAUUAUAACAAAGUGAUUUAAAGAGUGAUGUAAAAAUAUGGCAAUAGGAGCUCAUUCACCAUGAUUUAUAAGGCUAUAUUGUAUGACUUACAUCAAUCUAUAUAUGACUUGAAUAAGCCUUUUGUAAAUAUUAGUGCGGAUAAGUUCUAUAUUUCCCUUUGUUGAGCUGUGCUUCAAUAGUUUUGUUACUUUUGCAGAAUCUUCUGAUGAGCUUGAUGAUACCUUGUCAGAGGAAAACAUCGAUCAAGACUAAGCGAAGAGCAAAGAGAUUGCGAUCAAGACUAAGCGAAGAGCAAAGAGGUUGCGCUAUGACGCCUGAUCGCAUGCUUUCUUCAUUUUUUUCAAUGGUUUAAAUCAUUCAUUGUGAUUCAUGUGAUAAACAUUUAAAAGAAUGAGAGACUUGCACAUCAAUCAUUAUGCAAAAAUCACUAUUAACUUUUACUAUUGGGCUCUAUCGAACUAUCAUUAGUUGAUCUAAAUCCUCAUUUGGAAAUUAAUGGAGGAAACUCAUGAAUAUAAUCAAUUCUCUGCUUCUGAUUUGCC